ACCCAUUCUCUCAUAUCUACGACGCAGUCAACACCUCAGCAAAAGCGUUGACAAAUGAGUGAAAAAAGAGUAAUCAUGGAGAGAGAAAAAAUAGCCUCUUUCGUGGACCUUUCUUCCCACCUUUUAAUAGACUUAAAAUGAAGAUUUCUUUGUUAUCCCUUGCAAAAAUAUGGGUAGAGUAGAGCUACUUUACGAUGGGUAAAGAUUUUAUACUGUAAAAAAUUGUAGGACCCACCCCUCAGGUUUGUAUUCCCCCAUAAAAGAAAGGGGCUACUGUUUUAUUUAUUUCAAGUGAGUUUUUCUAUAACAGAUCUAAGCAACCAGACUCCUUUUCUGUUUCUGUUAUCAUCUGUAUUAACUCCUCCACUCUCUUCUCUUCCCUUUCUUGGUUUACACCAAACAGAAGCUAAAAAAAGAAAAAGUGGUGAUAACUAAUUGAUUAUCUGAAAUAUAUAUGCCUACUUCUCACAAAGAGUACGAUGUAUUCAUUAGCUUUAGGGGAGAGGACACUCGUAAAAACUUCACUGCCCAGCUUCAUCAAGCUCUUACAGAUAACAAUAUCAACACAUACAUUGAUUAUAUUCUUAAAAAAGGAGAUGAGGUUGGACCUUCUCUUGCCAAAGCAAUCAAGGACUCACAUAUCUCUCUUGUAGUUUUCUCAGAAAACUAUGCAACCUCAAAGUGGUGCUUGGAUGAACUCCUCCAUAUACUCCAAUGCAGAGAACUUCAUGGACAGGUAGUUAUACCCGUGUUCUGUGAUGUAGAUCCAUCACAUGUACGUUAUCAGAAAGAGAGUUAUCAGAAAGCAUUUGCAAAAUACAUGAGAGAACUAGCCAGCAGUAAAUCUCAUCUUGACAAAGUGUUGGAGUGGAAAGAUGCUCUCACUUCGGCUGCCAAUAUAUCUGGAUGGGACUCUCGCAAAUAUAGGGAUUAUUCUCAAGUCAUCCAUGAAGUUGUGGCAGAUGUUAAGCAGAAGUUGUCUCUCAUGUUUCCUAAUGAACUGAAAAACCUUGUUAAAGUUGAUGAAAAGGAUGCACAUAUUGAAUUAUUACUGAAAACAAUACCAAGAAUCGGAAUUUGGGGCAUGAGCGGAAUAGGAAAGACAACCAUGGCUAAACAGAUGUUUGCCAAGAACUUUGCCCAUUAUGAUAAUGUAUGUUUCUUGGAAAAUGUAAGCGAAGAAUCAGAAAAGUUUGGACAAAUGUAUGUUCGUAAUAAGCUUCUUAGUGAGCUACUGAAGCGAGAAAUUACUGCAUCUAACGUUCAUGGACAACACACAUUCAUUAAGAGGAGGCUCAGUGGUAAAAAAAGUUUUAUUGUACUUGAUGAUGUUGAUAAUGCUACACAAUUAGAUGAUUUGUGUGGAGUACUUGAUGGCCUUGGAGAUUACAGUAGAGUCAUCAUCACAACGAGAAACAAAGAUAUUCUUAGCGGAAGAGUAGACGAGAUAUAUGAGGUCACACCAUGGGAGCUUAAAGACUCUCUAAAGCUUUUUAGCUUAGGAGCCUUCCGGCAAAGCUAUCCCAGAGAGGGUUACGAGCGUGUCUCGGAAAGGGCAGUUAAAUAUGCAGGUGGUGUUCCAUUAGCUUUAAAAGUUUUGGGUUCACAUUUUAAAUCAAAAAAACCAAAGUCUUGGGUGUCUGAGUUGAAUGAUUAUGAGAAUAAAGGAGAAACCUUCCCCGGUAUUCAAAAAGUGCUAGAGCUAAGUUAUAAUGGAUUAUCAUGGCGAGAGAAGGAGAUGUUUCUAGACAUUGCAUUCUUUUUCAAAGAUGAAAACAAAGACUUGGUCACAAGGAUACUAAAUACCUGUGAUUUCAAUGCAACUAAUGGAGUAGAAGUCUUAGAAAAUAAAGCUCUUAUAUCCAUUUCAAACAGUGAUACGAUACAGAUUCAUGGCUUACUACAAAAGAUGGCAUUUGAUAUAGCUCGACAAGAAGAUAAUGAUCGAGGAAAGCGUCGCCGAUUGAAAGAUGCUAAAGACAUUUGCGAUGUACUUAGAAAUAACAAGGGCAUUGAUGCAGUUGAAGGAAUAAUAUUAGAUUUGUCUCAAAAGCUAGAUUUAGAAGUUCAAGCUGACACAUUCAACUUGAUGACUGAAUUGAGAUUUCUUAAAUUCCACGUCCCCAAAGGUAAGAAGAAAUUGGGCACGGUGCAUCUUCCUGAAAAUUUUAAGCUAUAUUUUGAAAAAUUGGCAUACCUUGAAUGGAAUGGGUAUCCCUUGAAGUCUCUCCCUGAACCUGUUCGCGCUGAGCAGCUGAUUCAGAUUUGUUUGCCGCACAGCAACAUUGAACAUCUCUGGUUCAAGAAACAGGAACUUGUGAAUUUAGAGGCAAUCGACCUAAGUGGGUGCAAAAAGUUGAAGAACCUCCCUGAUUUGUCUAGGGCGCCAAAACUCAAACAGUUGCGCCUUUCUGGUUGUGAAGAAUUACUUGAAGUUCAGGCUUCUGCUUUUUCUAAGGACACACUUGUUACUUUGCUACUGGAUGGGUGCAAAAAAUUGUCAAGUCUUAUGGGUGAGAAGCAUUUAAAAUCUCUAGCGAACUUCAGUGUCAAAGGUUGCUACAGUCUGAAGGAAUUUUCGUUGUCUUCGGAUGCACUAAGAAGGUUGGAUUUGAGCAAUACAGGAAUCAAAAUAUUGCACCCAUCAAUUGGUGAUAUGAGCAAUCUUUAUUCGUUGAAUCUAGAAGGUUUAAAUCUGACAAGUCUACCGAUUGAAUUGUCUUACUUGGCACUUACUGAACUUCGGGUUUCUAAGUGCAGUGUAGUAACUAAAUCAAAGUUAAAAGCCCUAUUUGAUGGUCUGAGCUCAUUAACAUUACUACACUUGAAAGACUGUUGUAACUUGUUUGAACUCCCUGCAAACAUUAGCUCCUUAUCAUCAUUGCAAGAAUUAAGACUAGAUGGAAGCAAUAUGAAGGAGUUGCCUGCUAGCAUCAAAUACCUCUUAGAGCUAGAAGUUCAGUCUUUAAACAAUUGCAGUAAGCUUCAAGGUCUGCCAGAAUUGCCUUUAAGCAUCAAAGAGCUUCAGGCUGACAACUGCUUGUCGUUAACGACGGUAUCCACUUUGAAGACUUUUUCAGUAAACAUGAUUGGACAGAACAAAUACAUUUCUUUUCAGAAUAGUAUUAAGAUGGAAUUGGAUGGACCCUCCCUUGCCUGCAUGACAGAAGAUGCCAUGUUAACAAUGAAAAGUGCUGCCUUUCACAAUGUAUUAGUGAGAAAGUACAGAUUCCAAACCCACAGCUACAAUUAUAACAGCGCCGAGGUAUGUCUGCCAGUAGACAAAAUUCCAAGUCAGUUUAAACAAAGAUCCUCCACAUAUGCCUCCUUAACUGUCGACAUUCGCAAUUGGGUGGGCUUCAUUUUAGCAGUCGUUGUUACUCCAUCUAGCAUAACAGAUGAGCAUGAAUACUUUGUUGGAAUCUUAUGUCAAUGCUAUUCGGAAGAUGGAAGGACGGAGGUGGGAAAUAAGUCUAAGUGGAAGCCUAAACUGGUUACAGAUUUGAAAAUGGAUCACAUUUUUGUCUGGUAUGAUCCAUUCCUUUGUGAUACCAUACUCAGAAGGCAUGAAAGAAAGGUUUCUUUUAAAUUCUGUAUUACAACUUAUACAACUAGUGGCAGAGAACUUGGUGACCUUUUAAAAAUCAAAGAGUGUGGGGUUUGUCCAAUUUACUACUCAGAAAGUCAGAAGGUUUUAGGCACCAGCAAUUUAGACAAGGACUUGGAAAAAGAGUUGUAUCAGGAAAUUGAACUUGAGAGAUCAGUUGAAGGCUAUGAUGAGGGAGAAGGCAUUGACAUUGAAUCAAAUGACAAGGAAGGAAUGAGCCUACAGAUCCAAGAGUUGGACUGUUUAAUCGUCUCUAAAGAUACUCUGGUACAUGACAAUCCUCAAGAGAAAGAAAAUUUGGAAGAUGAUGAUAAUUCCAAAGAAAUGAUGAAAUCUGAGAUUCUUCAUUAUAGUACUUCUUUGAAGUCUGGAGAGAAAGAUUCUACUGAAGGGAGUUCUGAUGCAGAAUUGUCAAUCAAUAAAGAAAUUAAGAGAGGCGACUCUUCUGGUGUUGAUGAAUCACACUCUUCUACUUUUACAGUAAGAUUGAGUUUGACAAACAAGUUGAAGAUAUAUGAGGAAACUAAGAAUCUUCAACAGUCAGUGAAGAUUCCAUCUGAUUCUUAUACUAAUUUGUUACAACUAAAAGAAGCUCCCAACAAACUAAACCCAAACUCCUCAGUGGCCGCUGAAGGCUAUGAUGAGGGAGAAGGCAUUGACAUUGAACCAAAUGACAAGGAAGGCACGAGCAUACAGAUCCAAGAGUUGGACUGUUUAAUCGCCUCUAAAGAUACUCAGGUACAUGACGAUCCUCAAGAGAAAGAAAAUUUGGAAAAUGAUGAUAACUCCAAAGAAAUGGUGAAAUCUAAGAUUCUUGAUUAUAGUACUUCUUUGAAGUCUCGAGAGGAAGAUUCUACUAAAGGAAGUUCUGAUGCAGAAUUGUCAAUCAAUAAAGAAAUUAAGAGAGACGACUCUUCUGGUGUUGAUGAAUCACACUCUUCUACUUUUCCAACAAGAUUGAGUUUAACAAACAAGUUGAAGAUAUAUGAGGAAACUAAGAAUCUUCAACAAUCACUACCAUCAUUAGUGAAGAUUCCAUCUCAUUCUUAUACUAAUUUGUUACAACUACAAGAAGCUCCCAACAAACUAAACCCAAACUCCUCAAUGGCUGCUGAAAGUUCUUCAAGCAAACCUUCUUCUUCAAAGGGUCAAAUAAAAACUGAAGAAAACUCUUCAAAAUUAAAGAAAUCAAGUACUCCAGAACAUUCUCCUGUCGAUUACUCUGAAUACAAGAAAACUCUUGAAGAAGACCCUUGGGCAAUCAUAGAGAAACUCUUAUCUGAUGAACAUGGUAGUACUUCACAGGCUUCUCAAUCUACAACACAAGCAGAAUCUACCGAAACUCAGAACGCGUCAAUCCAGAUGCUGCUUGAUGAAUUAAGGCAAUUGGCAUUUUCAAGGAACCUGUUGAAAAAUUUAAACAAUGAUGUGACCCUUGAAGAAGAUGUGAAAGCUUUACUAGAUAAACUCAAUGAUAGAGCUAAUGAGCUUUCUGAGAAACAAAGUUCUGGUAUUACUGCUUUCACCACAAUCUUUAACAAGGCCUUAACCAAUAUCGAUGAAGAAAAGCGGAGCAAUGCUACUCUUCAACAACUUAAUGUGGACCAUGAAGAUUCAAUAUCCAAGCUUCAAGAAUCUAAAAACAAGAUAAAGAAGUUCGAAGAGUCCAUCAUUGCUGAUGGGGAUAAGAUUAAGGUCAUGGAUGUUGAAAUUGAAGAUAUUAGAGCACAGAUUGUUUUGCUGGAGGAAAAAGCAGUUAAGGUUCAACAAGAGAAGUUGCAGUUAGAGGAUGCCUUGCUGAAAUGUAAAGAGAAUAGAAGUGGAAUUUUCGAUGAAGCUAAAAAUGUGGCCUCUAAAACCAUACAAACCCGGGAGAAGAUUGAUAAUGUCAAAAGGAGGAAGCUGGAGUUGGAUUCAAAUAAUGAGAAGCUUCAAGAACAUUAUGCCAUAAUGAGACUAUCACCUCCUUUUUAGAGUCCACCUUAUUAUUAUGCCUGUUAAUUCCUAUAGCUUUGAAUAAACUGUGAGAACAAUUUCCAAAAUAUAU